GACGCCAUGAGGGCUCUGCUGUUCCUGGGGUUCCUGCUGGGGAGCCUGGAGUCAGUGCUUUUGACUCUACCUUGGAAAGCCCCCAAGGAGCAUAACCAGAGAGCGGAUGAGCACACCGUAGUUCUCACUGUCACUGGGGAGCCCUGCUACUUCCCCUUCCAGUACAACCGGCAACUAUACCACACAUGCAUCCACAAGGGCCGGCCUGGCCCCCGGCCCUGGUGUGCUACCAGCCCGAACUUCAAGCAGGACCAGCAAUGGGCAUACUGCCUGGAGCCCAAGAAAGUGAAAGACCACUGCAGCAAACACAGCCCCUGCCAGAACGGAGGGACAUGUAUGAACAUGCUAAAAGGCCCACAUUGCAUCUGUUCAGAACAUUUCACUGGGAAGCACUGCCAGAGAGAGAAGUGCUUUGAGCCUCAGCUUCUCCAGUUCUUCCAUGAGAAAGAAAUAUGGCAUAGGCUUGAGCCGGCGGGUGUGGCCAAGUGCCAGUGUAAGGGUCCUGAUGCCCAUUGCAAGCAGCUGGCCAGCCAGGGUGAGUGGAUGGGUCAGGAAUUGGCCUGGAGAGGAGGAAGGCAAAGGUUUGGAGGAGAAGCUAUUAGGCAACAGGCGGUGUGCCCAAAGAAAGGGGCAUUUUCUGUGGGGCCUUUGGGCCCGAGGUGUUUCAAUGUGCUCCAUCUCCCAGUCUGCCACACCAACCCGUGCCUCAACGGGGGUAGCUGCCUAGAGGCGGAGGGCCACCGCCUGUGCCGUUGCCCGGCGGGCUACGCAGGACGCAUCUGCGACGUAGACACUGAGGCGCAAUGUUACAACGGCCGUGGGCUUGACUACCGCGGCGCAGCCGAGACUGCACUCUCGGGCGCCCGGUGUCAGCCGUGGGCCUCAGAGGCCACCUACCGGAACGUGACUGCAGAGCAAGCACAGAACUGGGGAUUGGGCGACCAUGCCUUCUGCAGGAACCCGGACAAUGACACCCGCCCGUGGUGCUUCGUGUGGAGCCGCGACCGGCUGAGCUGGGAAUAUUGCCGCCUGGCACGUUGCCAAGCCCCAGUCCUAGAGGCUCCUCAGAUUCUGCCUCCAACCCAAGUCCCUUCGCACCCGGACUUUCUCCUGCCCUCGCUCUCAGCACUGCAGAAGCCUCAGCCCCCGACCCCAGCCUUGGGUGCGACGCCGGAGCAGCCCAUUCCCCUGCCGAGUGUCAGCUGCGGACAGCGGCUCCGGAAACGGCUGUCCUCGCUGAGCCGAGUGGUUGGGGGACUGGUGGCUCUGCCUGGGGCGCACCCCUACAUCGCCGCGUUGUACUGGCGCCACAAUUUCUGCGCGGGCAACCUCAUCGCUUCCUGCUGGGUGCUGACCGCGGCGCACUGCCUGCAGAACCGGCCCGCGCCGGAGGAGCUGAAGGUGGUGCUCGGUCAGGACCGCCAUAACCAGAGCUGUGAGCAGUGCCAGACGCUGGCCGUGCGCUCCUACCGCCUGCACGAGGCCUUCUCGCCCAUCACCUACCAGCACGACCUGGCCCUGCUGCGCCUGCAGGAAAGAGAGGACGGCCACUGCGCGCUCCUGUCGCCUUUCAUUCAGCCAGUGUGCCUGCCGAGCAGCGCUGCCCGCACAGCUGAGACCGAGGCCGCGCCCUGCGAGGUGGCCGGCUGGGGCCAUCAGUUUGAGGGGGCAGGGAAAUAUUCCAGCUUCCUGCAGGAAGCACAGGUGCCGCUCAUCCCUCCCCAGCGCUGCUCUGCCCCAGAUGUGCACGGAGUGUCUUUUACUACCGGCAUGCUCUGCGCUGGCUUCCUAGAGGGCGGCACCGACGCGUGCCAGGUGAGGCCUUGGGCACGCUUGGCGCCCUUCUCCACCCCAUCAAGCGCAGACUCUAGACCAAGGGCGCUGAGCCACGUGUCCCCGACCCAGGGUGACUCCGGGGGCCCGCUCGUGUGUGAGGACAAGGCCGCAGAGCACCCGCUCGUCCUGCGAGGCAUCGUCAGCUGGGGUUCCGGUUGUGGUGACCGCUACAAGCCAGGUGUGUACACAGACGUGGCCAGCUACCUGGCCUGGAUCCAGGAGCACACCAAUUCCUGACCAUCCAGGGACUCGCCUUUCCCUCCUGGGGGAUUCUGGAAUGGAAGGGUGGCUGGUGCAUAAUCAUGGAUAGCAAAGGUUGCAUUUGAUUCCUCUCAGCAUGCCAGCAGGCAACAGGCAUAGAGUAGGCACUGAAUAAAGUGCUUCUGAAAAUGCG